AUGGCUGUCGCGUUCGGGCUGCCAGAAGAUCAUUUCGAUCCUGUGAUGAACGAAAGCUUUUGGGGCGCUCGUAUCAUUGGCUACCCUGCCCUACCAGUUGAUGCACCUGGCCUGUCUUGUGGAGAGCACACAGACUAUGGCUGCUGGGUGAUCCUGGCUCAGGAUGAAACGCAGGGAGCACUUGAGGCGAAGCUGCCUUGCGGCAGGUGGGAGGCGGUCCCCCCAGUGCCGGGCAAGCUGGUGGUCAAUCUCGGCGAUAUGCUCAGCGUGUGGACUCGGGGCCAUUGGGUGGCGACAGAGCAUCGCGUGCGGCACACCUCGGCGAACUUCAGGAUCCGGGGCUUUUGUGGAUUUAGGCCUUCUGGUUUGUUUAGGGUUUAG